CAUCAGUCCACAAAAAUGGGUUCUGGUAAAAGCUUCAUUGUUACUGCGAUGCUUGCGUAUCUCGCUGUUGUAAAUGGAAAAAAUAUUCAACCAAAAUAUCCAUCAUUAUUUCCUCCUGGAAAGACGUUAGUUUAUGACUACUAUGGUGAUGUCGAGGCAGGGGUGAUGAUAUCAGCAGCAUACGCUUCUCAGUAUCCAAUUAAGGGGAAGUUCUACAUCACUACUCACGCCAGUGAUCCAAAUACUUAUAUUGUAGCUCUUAAAAAUGCUACCACUGGUCGCCACAAUGGUAGAGCUGCGCAUUUUGAGAAGACUUCAUUCUACACGUCCAUGCCUGAAGCCGCCGAAAUUAUUGAACACCCAUUCCUCAUUUUUCUCAGUGAAUCGAGAAAGCUUAAAGGAGUCAAAGUUUCUGAGCAUGAACCGGCCUGGUCUAAAAACAUGAAGUUUGCAUGGGCUUCAAUGCUUCAAUUGAAUCUGGAGAACAUUUCAUUUGAAUCGCCCAAAAAAACUCAAAGUUUUAUAACUAAUGAGAGAACAAUUCACGGAAAUUGUCAGACAACCUAUGAUAUUCAUCCCAAGUAUCCAAAUUUUAAUAAGACUAAAAAAUUGGUUGUUACCAAAUUUUCAUCACCAAUGGAUUGCGACAAAUAUAAAUCUCAUGAAUCCAAAUAUCUUAAUCCUCACACUUGCCCAACUCAUGAUGAGAAAAUAUUCAACACUGCCAGCAGAAAAAAAUUUGAAAUUGAGAUAGGAGAGGACGGUAAUUUGCUGAUAACCAAAUUGAACUGCCAUGGAGUAACGAAUUUCUUCGACGUCAUAGCUAAGACCUUCUAUACUCUUAACAACUCUACUUGGAUUUUCGAAAAAACCAUACCUUCGACUGAGUUACCAUUCACCAUAGCUAAUUUUGACAAUGUACAAUGGACUACUGACUGGAGCUACCAAACACCAAGAACUCAUUAUGCAGAAAAUGCAGCUUUUGACGUUACUGGUGGACGUCACAUUGUCGACCAAGCAACUCUAAUAACUGAAGUCAAACGCCUAUUGAACGAUGCCGCUCAUUAUAUUGAAAAGAAUUCAAUUGAAGCCAAAGAACCCAACUGGAACAGUAGCAAAAGCAUCAGCAGUAUUCGCGAUCAUUUGAACUACGCUGGUAUUUCAACGUUCGAACAAAUUUUUGCUGAUACUCAAAAUGCUGCGUCUCAUUAUGAAAAAAUUGCCAAAAGUUUGUUCCUGGGUAUUGUACCUCAAGUAGGAACCACCGUGGCAAGUGUCUUUACUUGGAAUCUCAUAAAGAAAAAACAAGUCACUGAUGUUGCAGCAAUAGAAAUGUUGGCAAAACUUCCAUUUAACAUCAGAGAUCCACCCAAAAAAGUGCUGAAUGCAUUAGAAUCCAUGCCUACAGAAAGUGAAUCUCUCUCUCCACCAGUCCAUAAAUCUGCCAUCCUUGCUUUUUCCACUUUAGUGUUUAGAACAUUCAGCAGCGGACCUGAAGACAAUAAAACACACAAGAAAUAUUUGGAUCUUUUCUACGAUCGUUUUACGAAUGCUCCCGACUACGACACGAAAAUUAUGUAUCUGACAGCUAUAGAGAACGCUUUAGGAAGAAAAGUGUACGAGCCUUUGGCGGAAUUUGUCCGUGGUGAUAAAAAACUUUCUCAAUAUCCGAACCAAAUCCGUUUGAUGGCAAUGAGGGCACUUGCAAGACCCGCUUCACUUAAUUACAACCUUCUUUACGAUUUAUAUUGGCCUAUUAUGUCUGACUACACUCUUCCUUCAAGCCUCCGUAUAACGGCUUACACCUAUCUUAUUAAGAACGCAAAAACGAUGGGUGACGUGCUUCGCCUUUACUGGUUUAUGGUUUACGAGAAGAGUGAGCAUUUGUACAACUACCACUUCACAACAGCUAAAGGAAUUGCAAGUUCAUCUGACCCGUGUAACCCAAAACUGAAAGAAUUCGUCAAGAAAAUUUUACGUUUCUCCCGAGUUCAUGCACCAGUGUCCUAUGAUCUUUCAGCUAGCUUCAAUACUGAAACAAUAGACGACACUGGAAAUGGAUUUAGAAUUAUAUUAUCUGUAAUUCGCAGUGAAGAAAAUAGUUUACCUACAGAUCUUUACUUAGAGCAAACAUUCGUGGAAGGAUAUAGAGUAAUCAGCGAUUGGACUGUUUACUUACAUCUAGGAGGCAUGGAUGAUCUUUUGACGUUAUUCACAAGAAACAUUUUGCAAAGUACUGAAACUAUCAAGCAAACCUUCAUUUUCGAUGUCAUUAAAGGAUUGUCAAAUGCUUUGUCUUCGUUGAGCGAUUCCCAUGUGGACGUGGUACUGUCUCACAGAGGACAAAUCGUCCUGACUUAUCAUGCCAAUAGUCAGUCAUGGUUGAAUUUGAACAAUAACAUUGAUAAAAUAAUGAAAACAUUCACUACUCCAUCAAAUGAUCCAGUGCCAGCCGACGGAAAUGAAGUCGAUUCGUAUCAUGUAUUCUGGCACGAGUUGACCCAAAGUCAUUUCGUAAGUGACAUGGGAUUACCGAUUGUUUUCACAAGACAAUCGCCAGCUUCUUACGCACUAAAAGUAAAGAGAACCCCGACCAAUGAUAGUAAAUCGUUAGAAUCACAAAUCGUGGCUAAAUUUUCGUUGGUUCAUGAGAUCUCUGCAUCUAUUUACUGUCCAUUAGUUGACGUUUGGCACACUGUCGAUCAAUCAUCAAUUGUCGCUUCUAACAUUUCCUUUAAAUUUGACGUAAACGUAAACCCUGCAUAUGAAUUAUUGAGAAAUAUUUAUCCAAGAUACUGGGAUAUCAACUUUACAGAAGGUAAUAUAUUGCUUUACAAUAAGUAUAUUGUUUCUAUCAAAGAUUAUAAUACUAACAAGUUAACGAGGGACUGCUCAACUUGUAAUCGUGCGGAAGUUGUUAUUAACAAUGUUGAUACCAUCAAUAAAUCGGAAUCCGUGAACGUCUUGGGCGAUGGAUUGUUUUACGAGAUAACAUCAUUCAAUUGCGACAGUCAACCAGAUGUAACAGCAAGCAAGAAAUGGUUAGAAUUGGGGAAAAAUGUCGAAAGCUUCAAUUUUGGCAGCUUCCCGAUUACACCAGAACUCCAAAACUGUGGAAAUUAUAUAAAAAUUAAACCAUCGACUAAUACGACCUUUAUUGCACUUUAAGUCCCACAUCAGCUGUUGCAGAAUGUAUAUAUUACAAAAGUCAUAUAUUCCAUAAAUGACAUGAUUAUUGAAUAAAUUAUAAAUAUUUUCUUCACUUUAUUAUUUUCUGUUAUUUUCAUGUAUGACAUAUGUCGAUGAUAAUUCAAUAUAAUUAAAUUUUCCUUAUUC